ACGGAUUCAACAAGAUAUGCCUUGCCUGCAUUAAGAUUUAAAACUUGUCGUCUACUUUUAGGAAAUGUUCGGAACAGAGAACUUACAAUAAUACAACGCCGCAUUCUCCGAAAAUUGAGAAACAAGAGGAGAUCUAUUAAGAGAAAGAUUUAUCCGAGAGAAAAUCUUAACAGUUACAUACAAUCACAAACUACACGAAAGUUGCCCCUUUUUCAUGGGGAUUUACCCAUCACAGAGAUGCACAGAGGAAGAGAACGAACUAAUUAUAUCCCUUUUCCACUCAAUCCAGAAACAAGAUCGGACGUUAUUCCGGUUCGUCUCCAUUUUAGUUCAACUCUUCCUCAAGCAAGGCAGCCGAUAAGUCAUCGAAGGGUUUGUGUGAAUAAAGGAAUGGUCCCGAUUACUCAUUUUAAAGUGUCCCACGGUGAUCUAAUAUCUUUGAAAGAAAAUGACGCGAGAAUCCGCGGUGAAGAAAUAAGGAGAUCUUUCUAUAUCGAAAUCUCAGUUGAAAAAAUCAUAGGCAAAUUCCUAGAUCACCCGGUAAGAAUGUGGAGAAGAACUAAAACAGAAUGGUUCCACCUACUCAAAACUAAGAGGGGAUGCCGCCUACUACUAAAAUCCAGGUUUUUGCAACAGUUGCGUUCUUCUAUGCAAGAAUCAGACUUAGAAAGAAGAAAGAAGUUGUUUGGAUCGGAUAAAGUAUGCUUAGGCUGUUCCUUCGCUGAGCACAACAGAAUGAAGAGGAAUUUGUAUCAUUUUCAAUCCCUAUUCUUAUCGAAUAGAAGGAAGGAGAAAAACCGAAAUCUUCCUACUCGAAGAAUCAGUCCUAUAGUUUACAACUCUUCCUUAUAUAGUAAUUAUACCUAUUGCUCCGCAUCCCCCCAUCAGUUUACUAUGAAGAGCAAAAUCAAAAGGAUCGAACUACCUACUCAUUAUUCGGAGGUGAAUCAUAGAACACUAAAAGCUGUGGUAUCUUAUGGACCUAAGAUAGGGCACAUCCCUCACGACAUAAGAUUGAAAGAUCCAAACCUUCCUCUUCGGAGCGCAAACGGCCGUGGCCAAAACAUAUAA